AUGCAGCUAAAAGCUGCUUCUGCAGAUUCUGGUAUUCGUGUGGCCGAUUACAGCCGGCAAAAUGACACAGUGUUUACACUCAGUGCAGAGAACAAACACUGGAAGAGGAAGUUUGUUGAUGAGCUUGCGCUCAGGAGGGAGGAAGAGACAUUCAGGAAGAAUGAGUUGAUGAGUCUUCACGCAGAUAUCGCUGCAGUUGAAGAAAAGGCAAAAACCGACCAGACAGAAUGGCGCUUGAGGGAGUUCGUUAGAAGCCAAGAAUUCAAUCAGGCUGAAGAGGACUUUCGAAACAAGCAAGAGGAAUUAACAACCAAGUUGACAGAUAUGAAGUUUAAGCAUGGUUUAGAUAUCUUCAGCUUAGAAGAGAGGUUUAGAAAGGAGGUUAAAGAGAUUCGGAAUACUUGUGACAGGAUUGAGCAAGAACGGCAGGAAGAGAGGGCCGAGUCCGAAGCUAGGAUGAAGGCGCAGUUGGAUGAGGCUCGCUCCAAGUCAGAACGGCUGACGGCCAUGGUUAGUAAGUUGAAAGAAGAGAGAGAAGUUGAUAAGAUGAUAGCAAAGAUGGCAGACUCGAACUACAUUGACAUUAACAAGUUUAGAGAGAAGGAGGCAGAGUAUGACAGGCUGCAGGAGAGAUUUGUUAAGUUGGGGAAGGAGAAAGAGAGAGUUGUGCUGGAGGCGAAGAAAAGAGAAGAACGGCUGGUGAAGGAGUUUCAGGCGAAAGAAGCUGAGAUGUUGAGCGACGCUGAUGAGAGGAGGAAGAGUGUCUUGAAGGAGAGGAGAGAGGCAGCAGCGAAAGAAAGGCGAGUGGUGCGAGAAGCGAAUAGUCGCGUCGAGGAAGCGAGGGCGGAGGGUGAGAAAGUAGUUGCAGAGUUGAAGAGAGUGAGCGAGCAGGUUCAGUCGGACAUGAGGGAGGAGUUCGAGGAACGGGCCAGAUCGUUGAGGGGCGAGUUCGGAAAGCAAGGAAUGCGAUUACUGAAAGCAUCAAGAGAGCGAGAGGACCACUUGAGGGCCGAGCUUGCCAAGGAGGAAGAGUUGAGGAGAUCAGUUGAAGAGGAUGCCACGAAGAAGAUUGAGGAGUACCAGGAUCUGGUGCGAGAGAUGGAUCAUUUGUCUGAGUGUUUGAGCAUGGAAAAGGCAGGACGUGUAGAGGACAGAGGUGUUGCUUCGAGAGAGAAAGCAGAUCUUGACAGCCUGAUUGAGCGACAAGGAGAAGAAUUUCAGAAGUUGAGGGUGAAAUGCAUAGAACAGGGGACGAGGCAUGAACAGGAAUGCCGUGAGCUAGAGUCUGCUUGGGAGGAGGAGAGAGACGCCUGGGCUGAGAAAUAUGACAGCAUGAACGCAGAACUGGAGCUGACGAAGAUGGCCUACGAUAUGGAACUAGAAAGUGAGCAAGAGAAGCGACUUGAGGAGAAGUCAAGUUCGUUUGAGAAGAUUGAGCAGUUCAGGGAGGCGAUCGAAGAGUACAAUGUGUUGUUUGAGGAGUUGAAGAGCAACCACGAGCAGGAGCACAGUCAACUGAAGGGCACCUUUGAGAGGAGAUUGGAAGAAGAGGAAACACGGCACGAGGGAUUCCUGGCAGAGUUAAAAACACAGUGGCACGACUUUGAAAAGAGCGUGGAGAACGUGAUCGAUCGUUGCGAGGGACUUGAAAGAGAAGUGGCGGUGUUGCAGAGGAAGAGUGAGUGGCAGACGAUUGGUACCGACUGCUGGGUGGCCAUCAUGAAGAGACAUCACAAGGCUGACUUGGAUGAUAUGAGAUGCAGACUGGAGAGCUGCGAGGGUGAGCUGAGUGUUGCAAAGAACAGAAGCACGGUUCUAUUGAAGAGUAUUGAAAAACAGGAAGCAGCAGACGCAGCGCGGAGAAACAACCACAAGGCAGAGGUUGAGCAGCUGACCCGCCGGCUUGAGACAUCAGAAAGUGAGCAAAGUGUGGCAAACGCCAGGGCAAGCUUCUACUUGGAAAAGUUGAGACGAACCGAACAGGCUCUCAAUGAUACCUAUACGGUCCAUCAGGAUAUUCUGAACGAAGCUGAUAAAAAGGUUAUGGAGCUGAGUCGAGAAUAUGAGGAAGAGUUCGCGGAACUGGACGAUCAAUUUGUGAAGCAAGUUGAAGACUUCGCCCAGGAGGAAGAGAGACUUCGACAGAGUGAGACGGACCUGGAGUCGAGGAAGAGAGAUGUGAUGCAGAGGGAGAGGUCGUUAGAUGCUCGUGAAAAGAACUUGCAAGAAAGGAAUGUGAUGAUGAUGAAUGGAUUAGCGGACCUUUCCAAGCAAGACACGAAAUUGAAAAAUAUGCAGGAGGAGUUGAAACACGAGGAGGUGAAUGUCUUAAGGAUGAAGGAAGACUUAGUGACGGAAAAAGGUAUAAUGGACGCCAGAGUAGCAGAGAUAAAGACGGAGACUGACCGACUGCAGGACAUGGAGAUUGAUAUGGUGGAGAGAGAGAAGGAAGCAAGACGGAGCUUGGAGAGUGCCCAGAAGGUUCCAGACCGUCUGCCAAUUGACCGAAGUCUCGGUGAGCUGACUGACACAAAAGAGCAACUAGUGGCAUUGAAGAAGCAGCUGACAGAGCAGGAGUGGUACUUCCUGGCGCGGGAAGGUGAGUUCCAGGAGGCUAAGGUCGAGGUCAACCGGUACAGGAAGAUGGAGGAGAAGAUGAAGUUGUUGGAGCUCGAGCUGCAGGAGAAGACGACUCGGCUGCAGGGGAUGGAGGUCGCCGUGAGAGUCAAGGAGGCUAAAAUCGAUAGUACGAUGUUGGAGGUCGAUGGUAUUCGACAGACUCUCAGGAUGGAUAGGCGAUAUACAGCUAGGAGGAACAGGGGCUGUCAAGCAACGCAGGAGAAUAUAGUGGCCGAUCUGGAGGCGGUAAAUGGCACGAGCGUGCAGUGUGGAGAUGAGGCGAGUGAAGAACAAAACCAUACGACGAAUACUGACGAAAUCAACAACGAUACCAAAAUGCCAAACGAGGAUGAGAAAUCAUUUCAAGAGAUGAAGAGCAGAUGCAAGGUGGUCAUACAUUACAAUCUUGAGGAGGACGCUCACGUGGAGGAGGAAUCAGAUACAAAAGCUGUCGGAUUACAGAAACACUACCCUUCGGUGAUGGACCAGGUCUACCAAGGACCCCAGUCUCCACAUCAAAGAUACCGUAUGGCACACCCGAAUUUCCAUCACGGACCACCUCCUCAGAACUUCUGCCGUCCACCGCCACCUGGUUACCAUCCAAUGCGACCACACCUAUCUGGGAGACCACAUCCUCGCAUGGGACCACCUCCACCGUACGGACCACGACCGCACGGUCCUGGCUAUGGACCACCUCAUCCGCACGGACCUCGGCCGGGAUUUUACAGACCUUAUGGCCCGUACGGACAGCCGCCGCACAACGGCGCCAGGAGACAGCAUCCUGUAAGGGAGGACCAGCGCUAG